UUCGGCUACGUGGGGAUCGAAGCGGUGCUGGACCAGAUGAAAAUCAAAACCAUGAAGAUGGGCUUUGAGUUCAACAUCAUGGUUGUGGGGCAGAGUGGGCUGGGGAAGUCCACGAUGGUGAACACCCUCUUCAAGUCCAAGGUGAGCCGCAAAUCCUCACAGCCUGGCCAGGAGGAACCUAUCCCCAAGACUGUGCAGCUCCAGUCCAUCACCCAUGUCAUCGAGGAGAAGGGGGUGAAGAUGAAGCUGACGGUGACGGACACACCGGGGUUUGGGGACCAGAUCAACAAUGAGAACUGCUGGGACCCCAUCAUCAAAUACAUCAAUGAGCAGUACGAGAGGUACCUGCGUGAGGAGAUCCUCAUCACCCGCAAGAGGAAGAUCCCAGAUACACGGGUCCAUGGAUGCAUCUACUUUGUCCCCCCAACAGGUCACUGGCUGCGCCCACUGGACCUGGAGUUCAUGCGGCGACUCAGCAAGAUUGUCAACGUGGUGCCAGUGAUCGCCAAAGCUGACACACUCACCCUGGAGGAACGGGCAGAGUUCAAGCAGCGGAUCCAGGAGGACCUGAAGACCAAUGCCAUCGGUGUGUACCCGCAGCAGGACUUCGACCAGGACCCUGAAGACACGGCACUGAACGACAGGAUCCGGGAGAAGAUCCCCUUUGCCGUGGUGGGGGCAGACCAGGAGCACCAGGUGAAUGGCAAAAGGGUGCUGGGCCGCAAGACCAAGUGGGGCAUCAUUGAAGUGGAGAACCCAGCGCACUGUGAGUUCCCUCUCCUGCGGGACCUGCUGAUCCGGUCGCACCUGCAGGACCUG